AUGAGUGCUGAACAUCAUAACCAUGGUCGUUUCACAUCCUCUUGGAACAAAGAAGAGAACAAAGCUUUUGAGCAAGCACUUGCAAAAUACUCUGAGGAUCGUGGUGAUAGUGCUGGUAGAUGGGCGAAUAUUGCAGCCAAAAUUCCAGGAAAGUCAAUGAUAGAGAUUAAGCGUCAUUACGAUAUCUUAAUCGAUGAUGUUAGGCGCAUAGAAACUGGCUUCAUCCCUCUACCAAACUAUGAAUUAAGAAUCGAUGAAGAAGAAGGCAAUGAAUCAAGGCCCAAACAUGAUCUUAGAAGGAGUUUGCAAAUGUAUGGAAAAGGUGAUUGGCGGAGCAUAGCUCGUAAGUCUGUUGUGACGAGGACUGCAGCUCAAGUCGCAAGCCACGCGCAGAAGUACUUUGAUCGUCAAAAUGAAAUUCUUGCAGAUUCGGUUGGCAUGCCCAUCGAACUUCCUCCCUUCCCACCUCAAAUAUGGGAUGCACCCUCUCAAUGA